AUGGUUUCCGUCAUCGCUAGCUUAUUGUUUUUGCUGCUGCUAGGCGUCCUGAACGUCCGCGCCGCACCGCAGACGAGCCCAAGUGCCCUGACGGAGGCGGAAAUCAAUAAGUACACGCCCUACACGUAUUUUGCCCGCGCAACAUACUGUGGCGUCUCAACGAAGAAGUGGAAUUGCGGAGAGAGCUGUACGAAGAACCCGACGUUCAAGUUGACUGCCGCCGGUGGGGAUGGCAACCUGACACAAUAUUGGUAUGUUGGCUACGAUCCAACCUUGAAGACGGUUAUCGUAGCCCACCAGGGGACAGACAGGUCCAAGAGCGGUGCUGUAGCGACUAUAAUGGACAUCGCCCAAGUUCAUCCCAGCAAGUCACUCUUCCCUGGUGUCACUGCAAAUAUGUUGGUCCACAAAGGAUUCGCCGAGUCUCAUUCUAGGUCUGCGUCUGCGGUAUUGGCAGCUGUGCAGAAGACCCUCAAGGAACCUGGUACGACGAAACACGUAACGCUCGUCGGACAUUCUCUGGGAGCAGCACUGUCGCUUCUGGACGGCAUAUACCUCCCUCUCCACCUUCCGGGGAUCACGUUCUCAGUCAUAGGCUACGGAAUGCCGCGUGUUGGAAACAAAGCGUUCGCUGACUACGUCGACGCUCAUGUCAAAUCCCUCGUGCGGAUAAAUAACGGAGAAGAUCCAGUGCCAAUCAUGCCUGAUGCAUCAUCCGGGUAUCGACAUCCCUCAGGCGAAAUCCACAUUUCUAACAAAGACAGAAAAUGGUACAAAUGCGCCGGCCAGGAAAACCCGUCUGCAGAGUGCUCGGACGGUAGUGGUGCGAGUAUCUUUUCAGCGUUCACGGGCGGGUUGGAUGACCAUAGUGGGCCUUAUGGAAGUGUCUCCUUUGGCAGUUGCUGA